AUGGAGAGCGAAGGCGACAGUCGCGUGCAUUUCUCCGACGUGAGUGAUCCGUGGUCCAGCUCCCGCCACGUCGCCGUGCUCCAAGCCCUCGAUGCAGUGGAAAAGAAACUCGUGACAGCUCUGCGCACAGCUGCGACUGCCAUGUCCCUCAUCACACCGCGUGUCUCGUCUGAAGAAAGGUCGUCACUGGCUUUCAAUGCAGCGUGCACCGAGUUCGUGCAGCUGGUGAAAGAGAUCCACGCCGAGUUGGCGACCCAUAUCCACCUGGUUUCGGACUACCGCACGUUUGCGCGCAGCACUUAUGGCGCUGAAAAGGACGUGGACAUAUGUCGUGAAAAGAUUAAGGUUGUGUCAGAACAGCUGCAGACGCUCUCGAGCUUCCUCGAGGACCACUAUACGCCCGAAGAGAGCUCGUGA